GUAGGCCCAAGAGCCACCGCGACAGAUGUUAUAGAGUGAUCCAUCCGGAUACGUUCAAAGAUGCUGUGCUCUCUACUCUUUACUCUCCUCCUCAUCUGUUUCUGCGUUUACAAUUGUAUCAAGCCGAAAAAUUAUCCACCCGGUCCAUGGUGGAUACCGUUCGUUGGAUGUUUUCCACAGUUUAAAUGGCUACACUCAAAACACGGAUACACGUAUCUGGCUCUGCAAGACCUGGCGCGCACGUACGGACCGAUAUUAGGAUUAAAACUUGGAAAUCAAAAGGUGGUGGUGAUUUCGACGUACGAUCUAGUGAAGAAGGCUCUCCAGCAAGAUGAGUUUAACGGCCGGCCAGAUGGAUUUUUCUUCAGAGUACGAUCAUUCGGGAAAAAGAGAGGCGUUCUGUUCACCGAAGGCUCCGAAUGGUCACAGGUUCGUAAAUUUACAAUGCGGCAUCUGCGGACAUUCGGUAUAGGUCAGUCGAUUAUGAAACAACAAUUGGCCAUGGAAGCUCGGAUUCUCGUUGAUCAUCUGCAACAGAUGAACGAGCGUGGCGUGGUGUCGAUGCACACGGCUUUCGAUGUCGCGGCGCUCAAUUCCCUGUGGGUCAUGAUCGCUGGGCAUAGAUUCGAUUACGGGGAUCCAAAGCUGCAAGAAGCGCUCAAAUUAGUUCACGAUGCCUUCAAACUGUUGGAUACCAUGGGUGGAGUGAUUUCACAGAUGCCUUUUCUACGUUUCGUGAUCCCGGAACAAUCGGGAUACAACGAUCUAAUGAGGAUUCUCCAAGGUCUAUGGAGCUUUCUGGACGAUGAGAUAAAGAUGCACGAGAAGAAGCUAUCCGGCGAGCCGCGCGAUCUGAUCGACGUGUUUCUUUUGGAGAUCCGUAAAAACAAUAACGAGAACGAAGACACAAUUUUUGAACGUAAGAAUUUAUUGAUACUGUGUCUUGAUCUUUUCCUGGCCGGGUCGAAGACGACCAGUGACACCUUAUCGUCUAUAUUUCUUUACCUAUCAUUGAAUCCCGAAUGGGUGAAGACACUUCAGGCUGAGUUAGACAGAGUCGUUGGUAGGUCACGAGCUCCGACCGAAGACGAUUUACCAUUCUUGCCAAUGACGGAAGCUUUUCUGACCGAGGCACAAAGAUAUCUAAUUUUGGCUCCACUCGGCGUACCUCACAGAGCGGCGAAGGAUAUUUCUUUCAACGGCUAUCGCGUACCCAAGGACGCGAUUGUUCUCUUCGAUCUUCACAGUGUUCAGAACGACAGGACGUAUUGGGACCAACCGAACGAGUUCCGGCCGCAACGAUUUCUAGACGAGCACGGUCAAUUCUGUCGGAAUAACAAAAGUUUAGCCUUCGGUUUAGGCAGGAGACGUUGCAUGGGCGAGCAGCUGGCGCGCUCCUCGGUGUUCCUGAUGUUCACCCAUAUCGUGCAUUACUUCGACAUAGAGCUCUCGGACGAGUACGAUAAGCCGGAUCUGAACGCUUACGAUGGCUUCAGCCUUGCGCCGAAACCGUACUAUCUGAAACUGACGAGGAGGCCCAGUCAUGGGGACGACCGCCACGUGACCCACGCGAACAGCACAUGACGGUACAUUUGGACUUCUGCGAAGGGGCUCGAUUUCGUCGAACUCAUAAAACGUGCGCGUAAAAAGACUUUCACGGCGUAGAACCAAUAAACGCUAUUCGCAAACGCCAAGCCGCGUCGCGCCAUGUACGAGGUCGGUUAACAGAAACCAAUCUUUUUUGUCAAACAUAACAAUAUUCGCUCUACGCGUAAUAUAUAACACAUAAUGCGUAUAACGCAUAACACAGUAUGAAUAAUACGAAGCAGGUCGAUUACCGGAUGACCGUGAAACACAUUUGAUUUAAUUAAAGCGACAGCUCACGUAAUCGCGUCUCCAUUUCCAGCAAAGAUACAGAAAGACUUUGGACGAAAAUACUUCCUCGGGUAAGAGUUAUUAUUGCAUCGUUCUGUUGGACAUUAUUUUCGAAGAUUUAAAAAAAAUUUACUAUGAUUUAUAUUAAAUCCUAAAUAUAUAUAUAUAUAUAUAUAUAUAUAUAUUUUUUUUUUUGUAAUAUUGCUCGUUAAUUUGGCCUUUAUUCUAUAACAUUUUGUUGUUUACAUAAACGAGCUUGUCUAUUUGUUACAUAUAUAUUUUAUUCCCAGUACGUGAUAUUGGGAGCAUUUCAUGACAAAUCUAGCGACGCGCAAGAAUAUGAUUUCGUGCAGUCUGAAAUACUAGACCCGAGUAUGAAAGGUAGAUGACAGCUUGAAUAAACGAACGUAAGUUAAUAGAAAUGUGCCGCGUGCAUUUCUAACAAUUUGCCAGCUCUCACGCGAUCUAAUACGAGAGAGAUGCUUCGUGUGUUUCACUUGAGGGAAGUAUGAAUGUAUAGCUGAUUCUUCUGCUUCUAUCUUCUUCUAACAUAGUCAGUCAGCUUGUUAUCUUUCCUCGGCAUGUAAGAAGGCAGUAGCUUGAAAGAAACGUUCUUGUAAUAAAAUCGUAAUAAAAUGUAUGUAUAACGUGUAUGUCACUUGCAAUAGAGCCGCUGAGUGAAAUUCAUAUGUACAUCUAUAACAUUCUUAUAUAGGUAAUAUUUUAUAUGGGUGGAAAUUUUGAAUAAAAAAAUAAAGAGAAAUUUAUAACGUU